UAAGAAGUCAUAUUUUUUUUUGCCGGUCACUGUGGUUUUCAAUUUUCAGACUCUUCUGUUGGGUUUGAGUUUGACUGUUUGACUUCGACUGGAUGAGUUAAGUCUUAGAACCGAUUUUACGAUGUUGUAAUCCGACAAUUUUAUGAGUUUAGGAGUAAUGUGAAAGAGCAGACAAGUGUUUUAUAAAAAACAGGAAACACAAACUUGAGCUUGUGUGAGUGGGUGACUGAAAUCGCAAAAAACACGCGAAUAGAUCGAACAAGGAACGAGAAAAUGUACGAAAAUAAUAUCUUAUCGCUCUCUUCUUGCACCAUGAAUCUCAAUUUCGCUUUCUCCCCUUUCUUUAUCUCUCAGACACAACCAUUCUCAUCCCACAAACGCUAUCUUCCCACUCUCGUCGCUGUUUCUGCUAAUUCCGACAACCACCUCGUCGGUGACAGUGACGACGGAGUUUCGGCGGCGAAGAAAGGGUCAGGUACGACGGCGAGAGGAAGGAGACUACUCAAGGUUAGAGAAGAGAAGAGGAAACGCGACUACGAUCGUCUUCACGAUUACCCAUCUUGGGCCAAGGUACUGGAAAGUGCGUGUAAAGAUGAUGAAGAGCUUCGAGCUGUUCUUGGUGAUAGCAUUGGAAAUCCUGACCUCAUGAGAAAGAAGGUUGAAGAAAGGGUUAGGAAGAAGGGUAAAGAUUUCCAGAAGCAGAAGACUGGUUCUGUGCUUUCUUUCAAAGUUAACUUCAGAGAUUUCAAUCCUGUUGAUUCCUUUAUAUGGUUUGAGCUCUAUGGAACGCCUUCAGAUCGAGAUGUUGAUCUUAUUGGAAGUGUUAUACAGGCAUGGUAUGUUAUGGGGAGAUUGGGAGCUUUCAAUACAUCUAACUUACAGCUAGCAAACUCAUCUCUAGAAUAUGAUCCUCUCUACGACGCAGAGAAGGGGUUCAAAGUGAUGCCUUCAUCGUUUCAUGACAUCAGCGAUGUCGAAUUUCAAGACAAUUGGGGUCGUGUGUGGGUUGAUCUUGGUACUUCCGACAUCUUUGCACUUGAUGUGCUUCUCAACUGUUUGACAGUUAUGAGUUCAGAGUACUUGGGCAUUCAACAAGUAGUAUUUGGUGGUAAACGAAUGGGAGAUUGGGAAGAGGGAAUGACAAAUCCCGAUUUUGGUUACAAGUACUUCAAGAUCUGAAUCUAGUAGAAAACAGUUUUGUUAAACAAUAAAGGCUUCUCUUUUUUGUUGCUCUUAAGAACAUAUAGCUAAAAAGUGUGGAAGAUAUGAUAACCUAGA